AUGGCUUCAGAAGACGACCAUAUCUUGGAGGAUGCCUCGGCACUUCUUCAGUUCAGCAAGGCCUCUGCCACCCCGGUCACCGAUCAUAACAACCAGCAUCAUCAUCCACCACCACCUCCUCCUCCCCCACCAUCACUACCACCUUUGCAAGUAAAGCCAGGUAUCGCCAGUAAACCUAUCCAAAUGACAACAACAGAAAAACCUUCGCUUCCUUCCCCUAUUCCCCCAUCAUCAGUGUCUCCUUCGUUGAAACCUACCGCUAUGUCACCAAGUUCAAAUCCUGGCCCCGCAGUCGCUGCGCUUUCUGUUUCCAAAGACUCCAAGAAGGAACAUACCAUGAAGGCAAUAGUCGCUGCUGCUGCGUUGGCUGCCGCUGCUUCCACUCCAUUGCCACUACAUAGUGGUUUCAUGAACUCGGAACCUAACAAGGUACCGCCUCCAACGUCAGUAAAUCAACAAAAACCUGUGCCAUCAAUACUAUCACAAAUACCAUCACAGAAAAUCGUUGAAUUGGAGCAAAAACAACCAAAACCUGAACUAGAAAACAAACCAGUGAUGCCACCUCAACCGCAAAUAUCUACCCUAGAUUCUACCAAAUCAGAGGAAAAGUCUGAAAAUCAUCAACAACAACAAAUAUCACUGUCAGAAAAUCAAGAGGAAACAGUACGACAAAAAAUAGAAGAGACCGUAGAAGAAACCAAACAAAAUAUGGAAACGGAAAGAAAACUGGACCAAGAAACAGCAGAGAAAGAACAAAUACUCAAACACUCCGAUAAAGAAAAAGGAGAGGCAAAAGACGAUAAAAAAAGAAAACAAAAACAAAAGCAGAAACAGAAACAAGAAGAUGAGGUCCAGAAUAAUGAGCUAGGAGACCAGGAAAAGUCAAUAACACACCCCACUCCCACUAAAUCAAAAUCCUCACCAAAGACAAAAGACAAAGAAAAACUGCAUAUCAAACAAAAGCCAAAAAAGAAAGAAACUGUCCCAUCGUAUGCGGUUGAUCCAGAUGCCGGUAUCAUCGAUUGCAUUUGUAAAGUCAACGAAGAUGACGGUUUCACCAUCCAAUGUGAUCGAUGUUUUAGAUGGCAACAUGCUCUGUGUUUCAAUAUCAACACUAAUGACGUUCCUGAUAUUUAUUAUUGUGAACUUUGUGAUUCAAAAAGUUUCAAAGCUAAGUCAAUCGAUGUUAAGAAAAUGAGAGAGAUCCAGUUAGUGAAUCUUGGAUCUAGUCCUGCAACAACUAGACCAUCAAGUGCUUACGUUGAUAGUGUUUCCAAAAGAAGAUACGAAAGUGAUUCAAGUAAUACUGCUGAUCGGUCUGAUGAACCAAAAAGAAAAAAGAAAUUGACAAAUAAAGAUAGGCGUUUUUCCACCGAGCAUAAUUCCAAAGAAAGCUCUGAUGACAAACAAGAUAGAACUACUAACGAUCGAGAUAGUCAAAGAAAGGAAAAAACUAGUAGAAAACGCAAGAAGGAAGAUUUUGACGAUAAUACCAAUGAAGAGUUGAUCACUAGAAUUGAAUCGGCAAAAGAUGAAUAUUAUUAUGCGGUGUACUAUAAUUUAAAGGAUUUGGAGUAUAAAAAUAAGGAAAUUGAAAACUAUUGCGCCAACAAUUUGCCCCAAUUAUUGUUAAAUGCUGAAAAACACUAUGCCAGGAAUCGCAAAUAUAAAAUGAACUUGAAAAAAUUAUCUAUUGAAGAGUAUAAUAAGUUGCGAUCAGGUAAAUCCACAACUUAUGCCAAGAACAUUUUGAUUGGGGAAAAUAAUAGUGUGCCUUCAUCGCAUUAUAAAUUCAGCGGGUUAUCUAACUUGGGGGUGUUUUCAAGAAAUAACUGUGAAAAGGGGGAAUUAAUUGAUGAGUUUCUAGGAGAAGUUGAUUAUCAAGUGAAUUUUUUUAACAAUCCUAUAAAUCAGUACAAGCAUUGGGGUGUUCCAAAGAACUAUUAUUUCUUUGUUAAUUAUUUCGGGAGAUAUGAAAAUAAUAAUUCUGUUAAAGAAGAAGAUAAGGAGGAGGAAAACGAUAAUAGUGAUGAGUCUGAUGGCCAGGAUGUUGAAAAUUCAAUUUACAAUAAAGAUAAUUUAUCUAAUUUGGCAGUUGGUUUAGAGAAUUAUUUGCAAGCAAAAGCUACUGCUGGUGAUCCUUCAGAAAUACUUGCCCCAUUGUAUUUGAACUGCAAAACUUCUGGUAGCGUUUCACGAUUCGUUCGAAAGUCGUGUAAUCCAAAUUGUCAGAUCAUUCCCGUUAUUGUCAAUAACUCCAUGGUGAAGUUUUACUUACAGGCCAUCAAACCAGUUAAUAAGAAUAGUGAAUUGACGGUGGGGUGGGAAUUUGAUUUCAACAAACUUUUUGCCAAGUUAUACUGCAAAGAACAUGUUGAUAUUGAUAAGUAUAGUGACGUGGUGAAAUCCAACUUCAACAAUAUUUUGACCAAUGCCGAGAAAGUGCAAUUGAUCAACCAGGUGGAAUUUGUUUUGGGACAGUACAAGUGCGGUUGUUAUUCUGUCAGUAAUAACGUCAACAACAACAAGUGCAAGUUGUUGAAAAUUAAGAAAAUGGGAAGCUAUUUCUUCAGAUCGUCCAGAAAAGGUUCUAGACUUUCAAAAGACGCAAAGAAUGGCGAUGGUGAUUCGAACACUAGGUCUUUGAUUAAAUCUCGUCUUAUCCACCGUGACGAAGUUAUUGCUGAUCAAAUCAAGAAACACUCGAUCAAUUUACCUGAUCAGAUUGAUAAUAAUUCCAGGGAGGAUCCUCAGAAUGUUGUUGAGGAGGAAAAAGCAAGCAAAGAUCUGAAUGAUCCAUUUACGCAUGCUCGACGGAAAGAAAUCUUUGAGCAUCCAAAGAAGAAGUUACUACUCACCCGCACUCUUGAUUAUGCAGUAUUGAACAGUCGAGCUCAAUUGGCCAAGGCAAUCAUUGCGAAUUGCUUGUCGAUCCCUGUGCCGGUGAAGACCACCAGUAUAAAGAUUGAUCUGGUGGGAGUUACUGCGACAAGUUUGGACCUUCAUUUACUAGAGAAAACUAUGAACUUGAAAAAUGUUGGAGCGCACGAGAAGAAAAAUGACGUGCUUCAGGCUGCAAACUCGGAAGCGAAGAAAAAGGAGAAGCACAUGAAUGAGUCGAAGAAGGUGAAGAAGAUGAGUUUUGCAGAUUUCUUAAAACACAAGGCGGGAUGA